AGCUGUCUCAGUUUGUGGACUUUCAUAUCUUUUGUGAUGAUCCUCCAAUCGAGCAGCUGGUCCCCUGCGUCGGUAGUCGAAGUCCUAGUUGGAGCAGCCCGGUUCUGACAUGAGGAAGCAGUGAGUGGGCGGGGCUUAGACAAGCUCCACGUGAUUGGCCGGGAACAGUCCAUAGCACCCGUCUGAGCUGUAGCCCCGCCACCAGCCCUCGUCAAUCAUCGAAAUGCCCGUGAUGAUGUCACCGGUAUCAAAGGAGAGCUCUGUAUCAUCCGCUGCGGGGGGGGACAGGAAAACGUGUUAAGGCUGAAGAUGAACAUUACACGUGCGAGCAAAGGCUUAGCAUCAGCGUAAGGAUGCAAGCGUGUAACGACUCAGUGACCUCAGGGUAAUGAUGGCUCAACACGAGCAUAAUGAUCCACACAUAUAAACACAAUGCAGAAAAUGAUCAGAACUGGUUAAGCUCAUUUAGUGUGUUUGCAAGGAAGCCCUCCUGGAACAAUAUUCUGGAAGUGGCAUUGUUGGACCAGAAGGGGGCAGUCUUCCCCACAAAUUUAUACGGCAUAAUAAACACUGAGUAAAAACUCAGGGCUGAGUAAAUGGAUAAAUGUAAUGCAUGAGAAAAGUGUAUUGUGUAAAGAUAUUUCUCUGGAUGUCCCAGGAUCCCAGUUCAUGGCCUUGAACCCAAAAACAUACUUCUGUGCCCUCAGUUUAGAUUGAAGCUGUCCGCUAUCAAGUGCACUUUGAUGAACUCAGCUUCUCGGUCACUCUUCUGUGUCUCUUUAGGAAAGGCCUGCAGUUUCAAACAUUACCGAUCAUGUUUAUUGAUUGCUUUAACAUGCUUGUUGAUUAUUUAUUUUGAUAGUUUCUCUUAUUUCUUCUGUUAAUCUAUUUUUACAUAAAAAAGAUGGGCAAUGUAGGGCUGAAUGGGCUGUUCUCAUCAUCAAUUUUUCUAAUAUUCUUAUGUGUGUGUGUGUGUAAGUGUGUAUGGGUGUGAGUGUGUGUGUGUCUGUGUCUGUGUGUGUGUGUGUAUGAGUGUGUGUGUGUGUGUGUGUGUGUAUGAGUGUGUGUGAGAGAGAGAGAGGGAGUGCGAGAGGUAGAGAGAAGAAUGGAGGAAGAAGGGGAAGAGAGAGAGCUAGAGAGAGGGAGAGAGGGGGAAAAGAGAAAGGGAGAGAGAUGGGGAAUGAGAGAGAGUGAGAGAGAGAUAGAGAGUGUGUGAGAGAGCUAGAGAGAGGGGAAAAGAGAGAGAGCUAGAGAGAGGGAGGGAGAGAGAGAGAGGGAGAGAGAGAGAGAGAGAUUAGUAGCUGUCCAGUCACAGUUGGAGUUGUUCAGGCCAGGAUGGGAGCUGCUUCUUUUGCUGUGGCUCUGGUGAUUACAGCAUCACUCCAUCCUGGGAUGUCUCAAGACCCCCGGGUCACCCUCACCGUGGAGCCCCCCGGACCGAGCGUCUACGUUGGGGAGACGGUCUCCCUGAGGUGUGGGGUGAGCGGGGACCCCCCCGGGAACUGGACGUACCGCUGGCUCAGAGGCGACCCCCACGCCCCCUGCCCCCAGACCCGACUGCGCGGGGCGGCGGGCGGCCGCUACACCAUUACCGCGGCCGAAACGUCCGACCGGGGGCCGUACUGCUGCUGCGCGGAGAGGGGGGCCCCGCCCACUCUGUCGCUGCCUAGCAACACCGUCCACCUGAACGUCUCAGAACACCCCCCAGCCCUGCUCAUCCUGCACCCCAACAGCAGGCAGCAUUUCCAGGGGGAAAAGAUGACUCUGUGGUGCCCCAACCGAGAGGACAAUUCCACAGGCAAGACGCAGCACUCUCAUAAAAAUAUAUUUGAAAAAUGCUGUGCCUUUUCUGUAGGUUGGACACUGAAGCACAUCUCGGGCUCAGGGGUGCAGUCUGGCUGCAUUCCUGCAGGGGGCACUGUGAGUACGGAGAGGCCUGGGGCCUGCCAAAUCUCCGGCCUGCACUCUGGCAACAGCGGCCUCUACUGGUGCGAGUCUGACGUGGGAGAGAGACGCACCAGCACUGUCAACAUUACUGUGGUCUACGGGCCAAUCAUCAUUCAGAGCCCUGCCCAGCCGGUGGCCGCGGGAGACUCCGUGACUCUACGCUGCCUCCUCUGGCGGCAGGGAGCCAACGCGACGGCUUUCUACCGGGACGGAGUCGAGGUGCGCCCCCCGAACAGCACACAGGUGACCCUCCGAAACGUGACCGGGGCGGACCAGGGUCUCUACGCCUGCGCGGGCCCCAACGGCACGGAGAGCGCCGGGAGCUGGCUGUCCGUGCGAGGUGUUCUCAAAACACAGCGGAUCUCUCCCACAGACCUGCAAGUGCCCUCGACCUCGCCCACAGAAGCUCCUUCUCCCACAGGCUCUUGGUUGAUGGCGGUGGUGCCCUGCUGCAUUCUGGGAGCCCUCCUCGUUCUGGCAUUCACUCUGCUGGCUUGUCACCGCAGGUCCCUGUUGAAGUGUUCCUGCUGCAGCGGCUGUCCCAUGGGCAGCUCCCAUAGAGAGGGCCCCAAAGGGGAGGGGCCCCAGACCAAGCCGGACGCCACAGAGAUCCAGUGGGACGUCCCGUGGACGGAGAUGGAGGCCACCCUGCUGGGCGGAGCCCGGGACGAGGAACAAGGCGUCUGGCCCCCCCAGCCAGGAGCACAUAUCUGGGGCCUGAAUCCCCCCUAGCCCUGUUCAGCAGGAGUCCUCAGUCUUACCCAGAAAGGGCCGGAGGGGGUGCAGGCUUCUGUUCCAAUUGAACAGCAACAUGCCUGAUUCUACUAAUCAACCAUUAGAGUCUCUGCUCAGGACCUAUUUUAGUCGAGUCACGUGUGUUACUGCUCAGCAGUAGGGAACAGGGCAUUGCUGUAAAAGAGCAUGUCUUGCUCAGUCAAUUUACCCUCUAUACAUAAAGGUCAGUAAAUAAAUAAAACACUAAAGCCUGCACCUGCACCCGCCCUUUCUGGAUGAGACUGAGGACCCCUGCUUCACAGGGCCACUCCACCAGAGUUAGGAGGCCAACCUCGGGUCCCAGGAAGGAGGAGUUACUUUCUCUCUCUCGCCUGUGAUGUCACUGCACCCAUGGGGGAUUUCAAGAGUGACAUCUCUUUCUGUUUAGGGUUUGUUUUUAAGUGACACCACCGUCUCUGUACUUUUAAAAAUUAUUAUUUGAAAGUGAAACCACUGUCUCUGACAGGCGUUUUUGUUUUGAAGUGGCAUCACUGUCUCUAUAAGUUUGUAAGAAUCACUGUUCUUCAUCUUUAUAUUAGGUUUGGAUGUACUGUUGUCUGGCUAUUUAUCGAUUAACUCGAUUAUUAAUAAUGAUUAAUACUGAUUCUUUUUACAGAUUAUUCAUUACGUUUUUUUAGUCAAUUACGUGUUAUUAUUAAUCUGUUUCUUAUUGUUUCAUGGUGAAAAUGCCAUUAUUUGAAAUCGGCCAUUUUAUUUUUGUUAAAAAUAUGUAAUUGUUAUACAUUAGAUAUAAUAGGUUGUUUAUGAAUUUCUGCACUAAAAAAAUGCUUUCUGUAUUGUAGCACUAUGAGAAAAUUCUCUCUGAAUUUCUUCUCUGGAACAAUGUAAGGGAACUAGAGAAAUGCACAUCUUAAUUAAAACAUGUUUAAGAUUUAAUGUUUCAUAUUUCCUUUUGAUGUAUUUUAUACAGAAAUAAAAAGUACACAAAUAAUUAAUUAAAUGAAUAAAUAAAGCACUGAACUAUUUGUUUGUAGAAAGAAAUCUCUCUCCGUAGGUUGUGAACCUCCAGAUGCCAUGUUCUCUCCUUUCUUUUUAUUUCCUCAUUUUCUCCACAAGAGUUUUU